CAAGGAAUGGGAAAACCAAGCAGAGGGAACCAAACUUCUGUUUCAGACUUCCUCCUCCUGGGCCUCUCUGAGCAGCCAGAGCAGCAGCCUUUCCUAUUUGGCACCUUCCUGGGCAUGUACCUGGUCACUGUGUUGGGGAACCUGCUCAUCAUCCUGGCCAUCAGCUCUGACCCCCGCCUCCACACCCCCAUGUACUUCUUCCUGGCCAACUUAUCAUUAACUGAUGCCUGUUUCACCUCUGCCUCAAUCCCCAAAAUGCUGGCCAACAUUCAUACGCGGAGCCGGACCAUCUCCUAUCCCGCGUGCCUUGCACAGCUGUAUUUCCUCCUUAUGUUCGGUGGCCUUGACGACUUCCUCCUGGCUGUGAUGGCAUAUGACCGCUAUGUGGCCAUCUGCCAGCCACUCCAUUACAGCACAGCCAUGAGUCCCCAACUCUGUGCACGAAUGCUGGGCACUUGCUGGCUGCUAACUAACUGUCCUGCCCUGAUGCACACACUGCUGCUGACCCGUGUGGCCUUCUGUGCCCGCAAGGCCAUCCCCCACUUCUACUGCGACCCCAGGGCUCUGCUGAAGCUUGCCUGCUCAGACACCCGCGUGAACGAGGUGAUGGUCAUCGCCAUGGGCCUGACGUUCCUCACUGCCCCCUUCAUGAUGAUCAUCCUCUCCUACAUCCGCAUUUCCUGGGCUGUGCUUGGCACCUCCUCUCCCAGAGGGAGGUGGAAGGCCUUCUCUACCUGUGGCUCCCACCUCACAGCAGUCGUGCUCUUCUAUGGGUCUCUUAUGUGUGUGUAUUUACUUCCCCCAUCGACUCACUCUGCAGAGAGGGAAAGUAGGGCUGCCGUUCUCUAUAUGGUGGUUAUUCCAAUGCUGAACCCAUUCAUCUACAGCUUGAGGAACAGAGACAUGAAGCUGGCCUUGGGUAAACUCUUGGGCCGUGGGAAAACAUUCUCCUUACCAUGA